UUCCUCGGUCACUGUGGCCACAUUUUAAGUGCUCAAUAGCCACCAGUGGCUAGUGGCUGUCACAUUGGAUAGCGCAGAUACAGAACAUUUCCAUUAUCACAGAAUGUUCUAUUGGCCAGCACGGCUCCAGAAGUUCACUCACGACGGAGAGCAAUACACGGGAAAAUCGACCUGACCUCACAGCAUUGUGUGGGCUGUGGUGCGCUCAUCAGCAAAAAGCAGGUGACGAGGCGGAGAUUACAGGAGAUGCCAGGAGAAGGCUUAGCCUACUUCCUGGCUCAGGGUGAGCGCUGGAAAGAUGUCAUCCACCGUUACCGUAAGGACCUGUCUAUGUCCCCAUCUUCCUGAGCGGACUGUGAGCGCCUGCCCAGCCCUGGCACAGUGUUUGGAAGAUAGGGAAGACCUGCAUGGAUCACAGCUUUGAGAUGCAGCAGCAUGGAGCCCCCAGCCCUGGAAACUCCCUCUCUCGCAGCCACCUGCUGGGACGCCCUGCCCGCUCCUCAAAGCUCCCUGGAGGGGUGUCACCCCUCAUCCCUGUCCUCAGGAAAACCAUCCAUCUGGAUGCCUUCCCUCAAAGCCACAUCCCACAGGCUUCCGGCCGACCGGGCCCGGGAGCCGGAGCCUGGAGUGUGUCCUCACCGGAGACCAAGCCCCGGAAACUCAGCUCCACCUCCUUAACACUCCGUCAGAACAGCCAGGCAUGGCCCUUGGGCCCCCUGCCUUCUCACUGGGAAGAGCUGCCCGCCCCGGGCAGGGAGGCUGCCACCCAUGGAGGAGGGAGGCUGCCCACCCCAGCCUCACGAUCUGUCUCCCUAGUGCCAGGGGGCAGAGUCCACUCUGAGGGCCCAGGGAACCCAGGAUUGGCCAAACCCAGCAGGAUGCCCAUAGUGGAGAAGCCCCUGGUGAGUUCCUACCUGGCCCUGCCAUUUCAAUCCCGGUUAGCCCAGAAAUCACCAGGCCCUGCAGGGCCAGGCUCAGUGGGUCAGAAACACCCUCUCCCAGUGGCUGCCCACGUGACUACCAGAACUUCUCCAGGAAGAGGCAAGCCCCGGUCCAGGGGUAUCCCGAGACCCCAGCUGCAUCUCCAAAGGGCCACCUCCACCAUGGGUCCUGCGACAGCCAUGGAUUUGGCUCCUCUGGACACAACCAGGCCACGCAUAGUCAGACAUGUCACUACAAUGGUCACCAACAGGCCUAGUUUGACUAUCAAUCUGGCCGCACCAAGCACAUCCACAGUGGAUACAGGCACAGAGUUCCCUGCUCUGGAUACCAAGCUGGGCACAGCCACGGACUUUGCUACAGAAGGCACAACCAAGUUGGACACGGUCAUGGAUUUGGCAACCCCAGACCCAGAGAAGCUGGGCAAAGCCAUAGCUACAGCAGGCACAGCCAAGUCAGAUACAACCACGGGGGGUACAGCCACGGAUUUGGUGGUACCAGGUGCAGUCAAGCUGGGCACCACCAGGACAGACACAGCCAUGGCUUUGGCUAGAGCGAAUACAGCCAAGCUAGACAUAACUACGGAUUCUUCUGCUUUGGACACAAGCAAGCUGGGCACAGCCAUGGGGGAGACCACCCUGGACAGAGUCAUUAGCCUGACCACAUCAGCCACCUACCCACUGAUGCCAAGCAGAAGCACAGACCCAGCCCCGGACCGUGCUACUGCGGAUGCUGUGACAGAUGGGACCACGGAGCCCAUCAUGCUGGACCUGGCCAGAGAAACCAAAGGGCUCCCGGAGGCCAGGACGGACGCAGCCAUGUCAGAGCUGGUGCCUGAGCCCAGGCCUAAGCCGGCAGUGCCCAUGAAACCCGUUAGCAUCAACUCAAACCUGCUGGGCUACAUUGGCAUCGACACCAUCAUCGAGCAGAUGCGCAAGAAGACCAUGAAGACUGGUUUCGACUUCAACAUCAUGGUGGUCGGUCAGAGCGGACUGGGCAAGUCAACGCUGGUCAACACGCUCUUCAAAUCCCAGGUGAGCCGCAAGGCCUCCAGCUGGAACCGGGAGGAGAAGAUCCCCAAGACUGUGGAGAUCAAAGCUAUUGGGCACGUGAUAGAGGAAGGCGGGGUCAAAAUGAAGCUGACGGUCAUCGAUACCCCGGGCUUCGGAGACCAGAUCAACAAUGAAAACUGCUGGGAGCCCAUCGAGAAGUACAUCAAUGAACAGUAUGAGAAGUUCCUGAAGGAGGAGGUCAACAUUGCCAGGAAGAAACGCAUCCCUGACACUCGUGUCCACUGCUGCCUCUACUUUAUCUCCCCCACGGGACACUCCUUACGACCUCUCGAUCUGGAGUUCAUGAAACACCUCAGCAAAGUUGUGAACAUCAUCCCUGUCAUUGCUAAGGCUGACACCAUGACCCUGGAGGAGAAGUCUGAAUUCAAGCAAAGGGUUCGAAAGGAGCUUGAAGUAAAUGGCAUCGAGUUCUACCCACAGAAGGAAUUUGAUGAGGAUUUGGAGGACAAGACGGAGAAUGACAAAAUCCGGUGGAAAACCUCAACCACUGUGAGUUUGCCCUGCUUCGAGACUUUGUCAUCAGGACCCACCUCCAGGACCUCAAGGAAGUGACACACAACAUCCACUAUGAGACCUACAGGGCCAAGCGGCUUAAUGACAACGGAGGCCUCCCUCCGGUGAGCGUGGACACAGAGGAAAGCCACGACAGUAACCCAUGACGACCCUUUCUCUAUAUCAUCACACAUACCCACUUCUCCACACACGCAUCCCGGUACCACCACCACCCACCUUCUUCCUUUCUACUCUGUCCCCCAGGCCUGUCUGGUGUUUGUGGAGUUUGUCUACAGUGUGUGUGUGUGUGUGUGUGUGUGUGUGUGUGUGAGAGAGAGAGAGAGAGAGAGAGAGAGAGAGUGUGUGUGUGUGUGUGUGCACGCGUGUGUAUACAUGUGCAGGGGUGAGGUAUUUUCACUGCCCUCCCUGGAAAGUCCCUUGUAAGUUUGGUUCCUCCAUGGCUGUCCAUUAUCUGUCUCCUUUCCUUGUGUCCCAGAACAAAGCCGUGUGCCUCACUCAAGAGGUCUAGGGGAGGUUUCAUUUAAAAAUGAUGGGGAGCAGGUGAGCCACAGGUAACUCUUUCAUAUCUCUGAACCCGCCCACAAAUUGGAACUGCAGAGACCCUCUGCGGACAGCUUCGGAGCUGGACCUGGCGGGGGUGGGGGGUGGGGGGUGGCAGUCUAGGGUGAGGCUAGGACUGCCUAGGGGAGGGAAGGUCAAGGGAGAGCAGGGUAGACCGGAGCGGGGUUCCUGCAGAAAGAUUUAGUGCCCAGAGGUGGAGAAGAGAGCUCUACCCUUGAGUCUGUGUUGCCUUCACUGUCCAAACCCCACCACCACCUGUCACUGUCUGUCGUGGUUGCAGACUGCUGCUUUGCACACGUGCCUCGCUUCACUCACCUCUGCUCCCAUUUUGUCUCUUUCUCCCCCUGCCCUCAUUCUUUCAUCCUGCCCCUCUCUGACUUCUUUCAAUUGCUUUGAGUCUAAUCCACUUUAGCUACAUUUCUAUAUUUAGGAUUUAUGCCCAGUCUACUUUCAAAAAUGACUUUAGGCCACCUUAAAAUAAAAUCACAGCCAAGGCACGUGACAGUACAAACCGAAAUUACGAGAGAAAUCAGAUCCACAGGGAGGAGUGGGAAAGAAAGUUUCUGGCGCGCACAAUGAACGUGUGUUGGCCCGGGCAAAGGAGGAAACAGCGAGUUACGCAGUUCCCAGUAUCUGGCUCAAAAGCACAUGUGCUGGUCAAGUGAGACAGUCUUUCCUUAGGCGUUAAGUUCUAGAAGACUUGAGUCUCAACAAGUUUUAAGAGCAAUACACGAUCUUUGCCUUUCUCAGUGGUUUGGCUUCAGAGACCAAUUUUAAACGGCACCUCAGUUUUCUCCAUCAGGAUUCUUCCUCCUUAACGCUGGCUUCUCUGCUGCUCACUUCCCAUAUAUGCUUGACUCCCUUUUGACUUCUUUUCUGUUCUCUCUCACUGUGCAUGUCUGUCGGUCUGUCUGUCUGUCUCUGCUUUUCCCUGAUUCCCCUUCCUGACCCCUGUAGACAUUCCUAACCAUACCCACAUACAGUUAGCCUUUUCUUGCCUUGCCCUCAGCCCUGUAUUUAUCAAUGCAUAUAUCUCCCCUGUUUAGUUUACAAAUUACUCUUUCUGGUUUAGUCUGGAAGGUGGCUGAAACUUGGGGCUGGGGAAACAAUGUAGCCUUAGGUAAGGGAAAACACCAACUGCUACAGUUUACAAUAACCUCAUACAACCUCCUGUUCCAUCUCCUGGUCCAGCCCUAGGUGUUUUACUGGUCCACUACAAAUCCCAGCAUUUAUAGUCUCUUGUCACUCAGGUGCUAGGAAAACACAGACCAAGAUUCGGUGGACCAGGAGAAAGAGGUGGGUGACCCCAAACCAGUGACCGAAAACCUAUGGUCUCAAUCUUUCCUGGAGGCUCUUUACCAAUUCCAUACACGUCCUCCCCCACCCACAAAAUUCUUCCAGGGUAAGCACCUGUCAGCCUAGAACAGCAGCAGGGCUAAAGCCCAGAGGUGGUUCCAUGUCAACAGAAGAGGGAUCCCUGGUGUAUACAGCAGGCAGUCGUGAAUGCAGACGUGGGACUGGCCACCUAGGACUAGCAGGGGGAGGUCUGGCGGGGGUGGUGGGCGUUGGAGAGGUUGAGUAGGGAAUGGUGCUUGGCCACCCCUAAGCCAUGAUCUCAGCCUCCCUGGAGAAGCUGUUUUAUGUGUCUGCUGCCAGCUGCUGGUCUCCACACCCUCAACCGUUCUCAACCCCCCUGCAGGGAGAAGGCCUCCUGGGCACUGUCCUUCCACCCGUGCCAGCCACCCCCUGCCCCACUGCUGAAUGAAGGCCAUUCCAAGUGCUGCUUCUCCCUCCAUCCCUCCCAGCUGUUAUUGCUGCGGGGCCGUGGCCUUUUUAGUGCCGUGCUUGCCCAGCCCACCACCACAGCCCCCCUCAGCUCUCAGCGGGUUGGAGGGGCCAAGCUGCCUCCUUAGGACAGUGGCUUCCUCCAUUUAUCCAAACCACCCCCUCUCCUCCCAGUGGAACGGAGCUCUCGCCAGCACUGCCCUCCUCCAUCGUCCGUGUCAGCCGGUCCCAGCCCAUCCGUAGGGUGAAAGAACUCAGCAGGAGCUCCUUCUGCCCUUGCAAACCCAUACCAGCUACUUGUAACCAUCUCCAAGGGAAAUGGCAUUGCUCCCCGCCCGUUCAUCUGCAUGAGCUCCUCUUGGCUUCCUUCAAGGGUCAAGAAAGCAACUUUUCUGCUUGUCAGGUUUGUUGAUGUCAGCUGUGUGAGCCCCAGUGUGGGACAAGGGUGUCUCCUUCAUUGCCUAAAGCUUAUUUAUAACGAUGGGUCACUACAGAUGUGGGGGGAGCAAGGGCUAGGGUCACUUAAAAAAAAAUCACCACUUGUGGCUGGCCCAGGAUGCAGUCUCUCUCUCUCUCUCUCACACACACACACACACACACACACACCCCUGCCCCCAUAAUGCAGCCACUUAGGAAGAGUGGUUUUCCUGAAGAGACAUUUCUGGAAUUGCCUUUCUUAUCCUCAAACUUAAAAAAAAAAAAAAAAAAAAAAAAAGAACUUAACAGACAGAAAAUUCCAGAACCCCACAGAACGGGACUCUAGGGAGAAAAAAAAAAAAACCCCACCCUUCCGUCCACUUAGCAAUAAGAGGGAUCCCUUCCCACCUGCCCCGACUACUCCUAUCCCUGCCUCCACCCUGUUAAUGUGAGUAAUGAAUUAGCCUGGCCACAGUCGGUCACUGUAGGCUGGUGGAAAAUGCCCACUGGAGGGCAGAGCCCCCCAGCAGAUGCAUGAAUGUUUGCGAAUGUUGGCUGCCACUGCCCCACAUACUGUGUCUUUAUGGGAUCCCCUCCCCCCACCCACCCACCCCUACCAUCUCCACCUGGACACUGCUUUUCUCAAAGGCUGGUGACUUGUGGGCCAUUCAUCUACAACUCAGUCCUGACGGAGCAAGAGGCCCAAGCCUAGGGGAUGCAAGAACGACCCAUUUCUUAAAUGUUACCAGUCCCAGCCAACCUUUUGGUGACAUUAUGGUUAAAUUUCCCAAUUGAAAGCAAGCCAACAGACACUCAAACUGGUUGUGUAAAUGUUGCUAGACUUUAUGUGUUGUACAACUAAACAUUGCUGUUUGAACAAUAA